AUGGCCUCCCCCACCACCACCAGCGACCGCCCCGAGGAACCCCUCGCCGACAUCCCCAGCCUGACGACGCAGCACACCAGCCCGUCCGACACGGCCGCGCGCAUCGCCGCGCUCCGGCUCGUCACCGACAGCAUCGCGCAGCAGCGGCAGGCGGCCAACAGCGCGCUGCUCUUCCACCCGUACAACCUCGCCGCCGCGGCGCUGGUCCUCGCCGCCGUCGCCCAGCUCCUCCGCGCCAAGCUGCACCUGGACUGGCUGGGGGUCGGGCUGAGCAGUAUGGGCGUGGUCAUGACGGGCAUGGCGAUCGUCCGGAUGGUGACGCAGGGGUACAUCGCGCGGGCGGAGAGCUACGGGCUGGACUGGCUCGACGGCGGCGGCGCGGAUGCCGCGGGAGGAGUAGGAGGAGGAGGCAAGGAGAAGAAGAAGCAGCAGCAGCCGGCGGAUGUCUGGGUGACGCGGUUCGGCGACGAGGUCAUCGGCGCCAUCGUCGUGGACUGGCGGGCCGACGCCCGGACGGGGGAGACCCAGGGCCGGAUCAAGGGCUGGGCGGUCCGCCUGCGCUACCGGGGCCGCGGCGUGGGCGCGGCGUUGCUGGAGGAGGUGGUGCGGGCGGCGCGGGCGAGGGGCCUGCGGGGCGAGGCGGAGGCGGUGGUGUUUGCGGAGGACCAUGCCAAUUCCCUCCGCGUCCUCCCCACGCUCUACAACAAACAGAUGGACGACCGCGAGCUCUCCCACCGUCGGACCCUGGCCCGUCUGCUGCUGGCGGGGGACGGCCCCGCGGCCGGGGCCCCGGCGGGCGCCGCGACGACCGAAGGGACGAAAUCGUCCUCGGCGAGGAGACGGUAG